UGCAUAGCACCAAACGAAAUAUAGUACUAGGCCACAAACAACCUCACUCCAUGAACCCACCACAAAGUCCCCCCUCACAGGCAAGCUCCCACUUUCAGCUUGAACCAAUUCCUGCAGCAAUACUGGUCGACAAAGAGGUGAAAAGGCGCGAUGCAAUCGCACUGUUGGGAGCCUGUAAGACAGGAUGCAAAGUAAUUGACGAGGAUGUCAUGUUAGGAGGCUUUGAACGCGGGUGUGUUAUGGGUAUCAGCGCAGAAGAUGAAGAGCUAGGGGUUCAGCUUGGUCUCCAGACACUUGCACAUUCACUUUGUGAAGGCACGGUUAAUAGCGGUCUGCUCGUCACUCCCAGGCCUGCAAGCGUAAUGCUGGCCGGCUUGAGAGACGCGGUGAAGUGCGAACUCGAGGCCAAACGGUGCACGAAAGAUACUAUAAGGAUUAAAGUCAGACAAUGUCUUGAAAAAGUCAUGCUGUCUUGUGUAUUCGACAUGAAUGGUCUCUGGGAGGCACUGGCAGAUCUGGAUUGCGAGGUGGUUGAAGAGAAGGAUGGUGCGGUGCAGGACCAAGUGGCGGCAAACAUGGGACAACAUGAUACAACAUAUCAGUUUGACGAGAUCCAGGAUAGUCAGGAUGACGAUGAUGAGGCUUUCUCCCCCAUCCAUCAAGCUUCACAGCUACUGGCAGAGAAGCCGUGUAACAAGACGCAACGGCACCCAGACGUUAUCGUCAUUACGCAUUUCUCAUCCCUUCUGACAGGUCUCUUCUUUCACCGCGAGAAGUCGGCAGCGCAUGCCGUGCUUCAGCUUUUGAACUCACACCUCCGCGAUCUCUCACGCAAUCUAUCAUCGAAGCCACUUAUCCUUCUACUGAACUCGACAUCAGCAGUAUCCUCGGGCCCAGCACUCGCAACCGCAGCGUCACCAGCGAAGCAAAGCCAAGUUGAUCCAACACUACGAUCUAUCUUCAACCCACCACCAUUAAACGGCUACAGUGCCCGGCGCACGAAACCGAACUUUGGCCUGAUAUUUACGCAGCUACUGGACUUGCAUUUACUAUGCACAAAGGUCCCAAAGACAAGGCAGGAUUCUGAGGGAGCAGUGAGGCAGCUUCCUGGGGACGAGAUCGAGAUGGUAUGGGUUGUGGAGGUGUUGUUGGAUGAGCUGGGCGUCUGGGAAGGUCAUACAGGAGCCAGGUCGGGAAGGGAGCAGAGAUGGGCGGCUGUGAAAGUUGAAAAGGGAAGAAUUGAACAAGCAAUCGAUGAAAGGGAGCCUGAGGCUCAAAUCCCAAAUAUAAGCGACGUGAGGAUUGCAGGUGGUUUUGGAGGACGCAGAGUAUAGGUAAUUAUGGCAAGUUCAUAACGACCAGUGGAGCUAUGUGAAGUCCAAAUUUGGGCAGGCUUAUGAUGCCUCAGUGGCUUUGGAGAUACGAAUGAACUACGGUGUAUUUGACUCUUGAGCAUGGAAGGUAAACAAACAGCUACAAUGCCUAAGUAGAAUGCCUCGUAACUUCUCUC